AUGUGCACCGAACUCCCCUCCAAGCUCAAACACCCUCCUCUUACUCGCCUGUGCGACCUCGUCAUGCACCCUCUUGAUGCGUUCGCCAACAUCAUCCGUCACAUCAUUCAUUGCUUCAAGUCAAAGCGGGACAAGGCUCCUGUGGUUGAAGUGUCGAAUCAACCAUCAGUUUGUCACUCCAACUUCAGCGGGAGCGAGGAUGUUGCCGUCACCACAUAUGCGCUGCCAUCCCGCCAGGCUGCGACAUGUCUCACCUUGGACUGCACUCCACCAAGUGUCCUGGCCAGCUUUAUCAAGGCUUUGGGCUUGAUCAUCUGCCAAGUUUUCAUCUUGAGACUUCUCGCCAUCACCGUUCUUCUCCGCAAACUCCCUUUCUUCCAUCCCCUCCUCGUCUUCCUACCGAGGCUGGGCGAUUUUUCUCACGGUCAUUUCAAGACGUGCCCUCAGACUGGGCAGUCUUCAGCCCCCUCAUCACACUCACACCGCCGCCGCGACGAAAAGCGACAAGACAAGAAGGGCAAGCAACGCCAAAGGGGAGAUAGAAACGGAGACAAUCCCAACGAGGAAGGGAACGACGGCAGUAGGAAGCCAGACGGUCUUCGAUUCCCGCAGUUCGAUCCCGAGGUCAAGCUGUUUGACUGCCCUUUCCACAAGUACGACCCCGCCCGGUAUCAAAGCUGCAGGGGAUACUCGCGCCUCUGCGACCUUAAGCAGCACAUUGAGCGCCAGCACGUUCUAGGAGAAGGAAAAUACUAUUGUACAAGAUGCCGAAUCGAGUUCGUUCAAGGAAAUAACCCAGAGGCGUCACGGGAUCGUCAUAGAAGGGCCAGGGCCUGCCUGAUAGCGACCAUCGAGGAAGCUGGCGUGAUACUCCCCGAGGAGUACGAUUCUUGGAAAGAGGGUCUAAAACACAUAGGUCGUUCCGUCGACAAGUGGAACUACAUCUGGAGCAACAUCUUCCAUUCCGACCCGCCUUCGCCCCACGUUGAAGAUGUUGUCUCCGUGAUCGCGAAUGGCUACCGCAAUAGAGCCAUAGACCGGCUUCCAUGGACGAUGUACGAAAUCCUUGUCGAGCUUGGCUGUUAUCGAGAUAACGAACAGGCCUGUGCAGUUGCUCUGCGCAUCAUUGAUUGUAUUUUCGGUCCUCUCACGCUCGAUCCAGACCCCUCGUCGUCCUGA